UUACGUUAAAGAUGGCGGCACCCAGACCAGCGCUGUAGCGGAGUGUCAAAAGGAUAACUAUUUAUUCUUUCUAAUUUACUCGAUUCACAAUAUUAUUAAACAUCAGAGCGGAGUAGCGAGGAGCCCUGUCAGGCUAUAAAGAUCUGUUUAUGAGCUUAUUUUAUGAGGAAGAGUUGGUCGAGGACGAGCUGUUAGUGAGGAGCCCUGACUGUGACGGUUCCGAUUAAAAGGUUCAUAUUAUUAAGAGGAGUUUGUCUACGAGGAGAGCCGGGAUGGCAGGACCGAUGGGUGUAUCUUUUCAGGAGAAAGUCAACAGGUUAAUCAACAAACAGAACCGGAGACCCGUCCUCAAACCGAACCGACCCCUGAUCCUCAGAGACAAUGUGGCCAACCGGAAACCCAAGAAAGGAGAGGCGACCUGUGUGACAGAGAUGUCCGUCAUGAUGGCGUGCUGGAGGCAGAAUAACUUCAUGGAUGGUUUUUGUUCUGAAGAGAUGAACAAGUUUUACACCUGUGUGGAGAAAGCUCAGAUGGCUAUGAAGAAUAAAUCUGACCAGAGUGUCAUGCAAGGAGGACAACUCCCCGCGAAACAUGCCACAACUCUACUGAGGAGAUUCCCCAACCUGACCUCUGAGACUUGACCAGAGAGGAAGAGGAGGAAGGAGAUAUACAGACUGUUGAAUGACGAAGAACUGCAGGCUCAGGCACUACACACAUUUAAUCAGAUAAAACAAUUUCCUGUGUGAUAUCUUCAGACUACACCUUCAUAUUUGUGAUAUCUGUGAUGCUGCAGCCUAUCUACUGUUUAAAAAUCAUCCCUCUGUUUGAUAUGUGCUUUAUAUUCAACCAAGCUGUGUAUGCAACCUGGUUUAAAUGUGAUCUGUUUCUGAUGGAUAAAAUAUAAUAUGCCCGUGA